UUAACCCCACGGUCAAUAAAUAAAUCGAAACGAUCGGGAAUGGGAUUUUAGUUCCGUAGGUUGUUGUUCUUGUUUGAUUAGGUGUUUUUAUUUUUUUUUCAUCCUUAUCAAUUGCGGAAGACCUGCACUAUCACCCGCCUCGUCUUCAUCGUCGAAGGGUGCAAUCCUCAGGGCGAUAUCUCAUUGAUGUACCGUGGCAGCCCAACAAGUUGAAGUCGUGCGGGGUACGAGAAGUGAAUAUCCUUACAGCCACGCCAUCCAUCCUGUUCCGUUCAACUAGAUUUAAUGGGAUCAACGGAUUGUUGCGUUUAAAACGGACUUCGGUCGGGAUUCAAGGACAAAAACCUGUGAUAGACAAUCAUCGCCAAAUGUCACUGUUCCAUUUAAGUGUCUCUUAACUGUUUCUGUUUGACUCAUGCAUCAUGUCUGUGGAGAAAGAAGAAUGUGAACUCGAACAACUGGUGUCUUCCGAUGAGGAGCCCAGACCGCCUGCGGAUAAUUCACAUAUUACUCCUCCCAUUACACCUAAGCCACCACCUAGAGCACAUUCUCAUAUAGACAGUCGGACUAAGACAAGUGGUUCGAGCAACAAGUCGCAUUCUGUUGAAAGUCAGAAGAAUGAAUGUUAUAAAUCUAGUGUCAAAUUAUCUAGUUCUUCGUCCUCGCAUCAGGAUAAUAAACCUCAAACACAACUCUCCAAAGAUAUAAGUGGUACAAAUCGACUUAUGUGUGUUAAUGAACGAUUAGGACGCAGUUCUUUACAUGACUACAAACCACCACGGCCACCUCCUCCUAAUUUUAGUAAACUGCAAAAUAAAAAAGUGUUCUCUGAACAAACUAUGGACAGAAGUUGCCUACAUCAUUGUUUUUUGUCAGAUGUGACCGAUGUCAGACAAAUGGAGCAAGCCCUUCAACAACUACUCGAAGACUUUCAUUCUGGAAAAUUACGUGCAUUUGGUAAAGACUGCAGUAUGGAGCAAAUGACUGCUAUCCGAGAACAGCAGGAACAUUUGGCGUGGUUGCAUUUUGAAUUGGGCGUGAGACAGGAUGGAUCCACACCUCUCAGCGAACAAGGCAUCGCAAAAGGCACAGAAAACAUGCACUCUCUAAUGGCUAGCCUGGAACAGCUGUCUUUAUCCAUAGAGAAGUUACAUUCAUUCAGCAAUUCAACUUUCGAUUGAAACACAUAACAUUUGUCUAAUCCUUUCAUUGGUACAUCAAUAAUGACUACUCUGUACAUAGUGGAAGGAAUUCAUACAAACAAAAUAAUAAUAAUAAUUAUAAUAAUAUUGCUCAUAUACCAAUCAUUCCAUGGAAAAUUUUACCAAAUUAUCAAUUAUGUAAUUUUUUUCUUUCUUUGUUAAUUGUUAAAUAAAUAUGAAUUUUUAUAAUUGA